GGUCGGAGGGCACCAACGAGGGUAAGAAACAACGGGUCGGCAAGCUACGCAGCGGCGUGCGCACGAGAUAGAGCUCGCCCCUUGCUGUCCUCCUUUCUCUCUCUCUUCCGAGGCUCGGAAAGCGGCUCCCCGCCUCCCCGGUCCCAAAUCGGGAAGAAACCCUUCAAAACCCUAGAAUUCCCCCAUCCCGCCCUCCGGCCCCCUCACCUACUUAGUAAUCUCUCUCUCUCUCUCUCUCUCUCUCUCUCUCUCUCUCUCUCGCGUGUUCGCUUCUUCCUCGAUUGGUUCUGUCAUCGGGGACGGCCGGGAACCCUAGAGAGCAGUUCGCGGCGGCUCGGUAUCAGGUCAAGCAAGUGACUUGAUAACCCAAUUGUUUUAUUAACAUCCUACUGAAGUGAUGCCUAUGACUGGAUGAUUGUUAAAGAGGCUAUCCCAAGAAGAAACGAGGACAAACAUGUUCUUGAAAUGUCUAUUGUUUGGUGUUGUUUUUGUUAACAGCCACUACCUAUUAUAUAAUCAGAAGUGUUUGUGCUUGGGAACAUCGUUAUAUAUUGUCCAGUCUAGAAACUUUGAGCUUGGAGGAGCAGUUUAGUAAUUUCCUCUGUAUCUAUGUGUUUAUUCUCUUUUGCCUUACGUACUAAGAGGCUAUCAUCAAAUGUCAGAAAGUGAGAUGGCAAUUAUCAAACCAGAGGCUAUGAAGUCUUAUGUCUGGCUCCAAUGUACUGAUGGAUCAAUCCAGCAAGUUGAGGAGGAGGUUGCUAUGUUCUGCCCCAUGAUAUGUCGAGAAAUACUUCAGACGGGCAUGGGAUCUUCUAAGAAUUAUGCCAUUUCUUUACCAGAAAGAGUUAACCCACCCAUACUUAGCUUGAUUCUUGAUUAUUGUCGCUUUCAUCAGGUUCCAGGCCGCUCUAACAAGGAGCGAAAAACUUUCGAUGAGAAAUUCAUCAGGAUAGAUACCAAAAGAUUAUGCGAGUUGACUUCUGCAGCUGACAGCCUGCAGCUAAAGCCUUUGGUUGAUCUCACUAGUCGAGCGCUUGCCCGCAUGAUUGAAGGAAAAACACCCGAGGAAAUUCGUGAGACUUUUCAUUUGCCAGAUGAUCUUACCGAGGAAGAGAAGUUAGAGCCACUGAAAAAUACUAAUGAUGAUUUACGGAUCAGGCUACUAAAUCGACUAUAUGCUAAAAAAAGAAAAGAACUGAAGGAGCGUCAGAAACAAAAGGAUGUGGAAGUUGAAGAACCGCAAAAAGAUGAGCGUUCAGUUGAUGAAAUAUUAUCUUUUAUAAAUGGAGAUGGAGACUCAAAGAGCGCUAAAGCUGCUAAGAAUAAAAAGAAAAAUAGGAGGAAAAAAGAUCAACCAAAGGAUCCUUCUAGAAUUGAGUCUGAGAAAUCGCACAAGAAGGAUGCAUUGACUCUUUCUAUGGGAAGAAGUGAACCUGGUGGUAGUAAUUCUCCUAGUCCAAGUCGGGCUGAAGAUGCUUUUCCAACGAGGGUUGAUUUUGAAGAUGGUGAUAUAGACGACGAGUUAGAUCCUGCAAUGAAGGAAGAGCUGGACAGAGAAGUGGAAGAUUUUGCUAGGAGAUUGAACUCUGAUUGGCCUGAGAGAAUGCAAGAAAUUUUAUCUUUAAGCCAAGAAAGAAGGGCUGUUCCAAAUUUAAUGAAUGGGAAUGGGUCCCUUCAAAGAUACACAGGGAACCGGCGGCAGUAAUGUUGGCAUGUGACAUAUACAUAAAAGGCUCAGCAUUUAUUGAAGCCUCAAUGCAGAUUUCAUUCAUAUGCAGGGUUGGACAGGAGAUAAAUUAUUAGGCUGAAUUUGGCACCAUGGAUUUCGCCUGAUUCAUACAUGGAUGCAUCUGAUUUGGCGGGGUCUAGAGAAUGCCAUCGGCACAAUUUUUUGGUUGGUCGCUGAAAUGCCUGUCUCUAGUCAGGGAGCAUGUAACAUAGUGAUAUGCCAGUGUUUCAUGUGAGAGCUCAUUGAGCUGGAUGAGCCCUUGCCCCCAACCUUUGCAGAGGGGCUGGCUCUCCAUUUGGAGAAUGUGUUAUAUUUACUUUAUUCGCACUCAUGUGUGGCCAAUUUUUAUGGGUAAUUAAAAUUAUCAGUUGGUAAUAAAAGGUUAGAAAAUUCAAUA